AUGGUUCUCGCACCCCACCCUAACCCAGACGCGCCGGUGCUGUCGCACUUCAGUCUCGCCGGCAAAACUGCUUUCGUCACUGGUGGAUGCCGUGGUAUCGGGCUCGAAAUUGCGCGGGGGCUGUCCGAAGCCGGCGCAAAGGUCGCCGUGACCUAUUCCUCCACAGCACCAGAGGCAGCCGACCAGAUCGCCCAGAACAUAUCCCUUGCCAACGAGGGGCGCCUAGUCAAAGCGUACAAGUGCGACGUGCGCUCCCCCGCCGACGUCGAAGCCGUGAUACAGACAGCCACCCAGGAACUAGGCAACGGCCGCCUGGACAUUGUAGUGGCGAAUGCGGGCAUCGCCGACGGCACCCCCGCGAUAGACUACGCCGCGGACAAGUUCCGCGACAUGUUCGACGUCAACGUCAACGGCGCGUUCUGGACGGCGCAGGCUGCGGCGCGCGUGUUCGAGCGCCAGAUGAAGGAGGACGGGAAGCCGUUCCGCGGCUCGAUCAUCUUCACGGCCUCCGUGUCGGCUACGCUUGUCAAUAUUCCCCAGAAGCAGGCGCCGUACAACGCGAGCAAGGCCGCGCUUGUACACCUCGGAAAGUCGCUGGCGGUGGAGUGGGUUGAUUUCGCCAGAGUUAAUUGCAUCUCGCCUGGGUUCAUCGAGACAGAGAUGCUUGAUACGCAUCCGCGCGAAUGGAGGGCUCAGUGGACAGAGAUGAUUCCCGGUCGUAGGUUCUGCUUUGCAUCAGAAUUAAAAGGGGCCUAUGUGUUCUUGGCUAGUGAUGCUAGUAGCUACAUGACGGGAUCUGACAUAAUUAUCGAUGGGGGUUAUUGUCUACCAUAG